AUGAACACGUGGUAUGAUGCAGAAACUAUUUAUAAUCUAAAAGAAAAACUACAAAAAAUUACUUCCUUUACUCCUUUAAAUCAAAGAUUAAUAUUAAAAGGCAAAGCUUUAAUUGAUACUAAAACUUUGUUUGAAUAUGGUAUUACAAAUGAUACUGUAGUUCAUUUGGUUCAUAAACCUGGAUCUACUACUGGCGGUGAAAGUAUUAAUAAAAUUAAAGAUUCACAAUUCUGGAUUUCUUUACAAAAAUUAUUAGUUGAACAAUUUCCAGAAACAAGUGAUGCUGAUAAUGUUUUAAAAGAGUUUUUUAAUUGUUAUAAUAAUAACAAGGAUUUAAACAUUAAUAUUAAUUUAGAAGAUUUAAUUAACAAAAAUUCUUAA